AUGCCAGGUGUUUUGAAUAGCAUCUGUGCUGCUCUAGCAACUCGUUACUCAACUCCAGUAACCCAAAUUAGAAAGCAUGUAAAGACAGCUACAAUCACAGAGUGGGCUAAGGUUCAAUGUGUUGACUCUGAUGAGGGUGAUACAGCCAGUCAUCAUCUUUGCUCUGCAAAGUUUCUGAGGACUCGCAUGAUGGAAGUUUUGCACAGUUUGAAUCAUAUGUAG